CUCACUUGUUGACACUACUGACCUGUCAGUCUCGAAUUCUCAGUCCUCCAUAGAUCAUUGCUGUAUUCUAGAUUCCUAAAAAACGCACAAUCAGUGGGUUCUCUCUCCCUCUCACCUCAUACGUCAUGAUAACGCAGAAACAAUACACAGAACCGAGUAGGAAAAGAAGGACUGGGCUCUGCCUUCCUCCAUUAGAGAACUGUCAAAAGAUUUGUUGUAAAAAGCAAAGAGGGAUGCUUAGAAAGAGUAAACACAGGGCUUCAUCAUGCAAGAAGUCAAUAGCUCAGUGGGAACCUUCCUAUGUCUCUACAUACUCUGAUGACUUCAAUGCUAAACUAGCUCCAAUUAGAAUGAAGGUUGUGAUAACAAAAGAAACAGACUCACAUCUUUCUAUUGGUGGCCUAGUCCCUAACGUGACACCAGAGCCAGCUCUGCUACGUCACAUGCACUUCCAAUCAAACUACAACAAUACCUAUCAGGGAAGAAAGAAAGACACCAAAACUAUGAACACAAUAGUAGAGGAGAUAGAAGAAGAAGAUAAUGGAAAAGAGCCUGAAAAUAGCCAAAAGGGAGGUGGAGGGAAGAAAAAGGAGGAUGAGGCCAGAUAUUCUCUCCCAAAAGUGUUUGAUAGCACAAAGACACAGCCAAGAAUCCUGUCCAUAUUUCAGCAGGACUAUCAGGUUCCAUAUCUGACAGAAAAUCUAAAGCCUCCUUCAAAGAGACGUCCAGUUGAUUGCUACAGACCAUUGCCUUUGGUUUCUCAAGGAUAUGUGAUGCAGACUUCUUAUGACAGGGACUAUGGGAGGAUUAAGCUACCAGAGCUGGAGUUUGUCUCACCAAAUGGUAAGCUGCAAAGAGAUAAGAAUAAAGUCCAAUUCAAGGACAGUUAUUGCAUUUAACGUGCCGAUUUCAAUUGUCAAAACUAUUACUGUGUACUUUAACAAUAAAUAGAUUAUUUCACAUUAAUUUUACCUUAAAAAUUACAAAAACAA